UUUCUAACUAGACACUUGAGACUGCGCUCGCCAUUAAGACCUACGCCCUCGUAGAAUAUCCAGAUCAGCGAUAUACCCUUCAUCAACCUACGAAGAGCCUUUUCACAGCUUUCACAAUGGGUUUCACCGACUUCGUCUCCGACAGUGGCCUCACACUGCUCAACAACUGGCUCCAGACUCGAUCAUACAUCUCUGGAUACACCCCAUCCCAAGCAGAUGUUGUCAGCUUCAAGGCUCUCGACAAGGCCCCUGCUGUCGAGAAAUACCCCCACGCCUACCGCUGGUACAACCACGUCAAGUCAUACGAGGCCGACUUCUCAACCCUGCCUGGUGACCCAUCAAAGCCAUUCACCACAUAUGGCCCCGACAAGGUCGCCCUGACCGAGAACCCCAAGAACGCCCCAGCCGAUGACGAUGACGACAUGGAUCUCUUCGGCUCAGAUGACGAGGAGGAAGACCCAGAGGUUGUUGCCGAGCGUGAGCGAAGACUGGCCGAGUACAAGAAGAAGAAGGAAGGCAAGACCAAGCCUGCCGCCAAGUCCAUCGUCACACUGGAUGUCAAGCCGUGGGACGAUGAGACCGACAUGAACGAACUUGUCCAGAACGUGAUUGGUAUUGAAAUGGAUGGUCUGGUUUGGGGUGCUCACAAGCUUGAGGCUGUUGGUUUUGGUAUCAAGAAGCUACAAAUCAACUUGGUCAUUGAAGAUGAGAAAGUCUCUCUCACCGACUUGCAGGAGAAGAUUGAGGAGGAUGAGGACCAUGUUCAGUCAACUGAUGUCAUUGCUAUGCAGAAGUUGUAAGGGAAUGGCAGAAAUGCCGACCAUCUGGUCAGGUCACACAAGACGCUGGCAAACUGCCUCGGUCGAAGAGUGUGAUCUGGUGCAGGAGUCUUGAGAAUUGACGAAUUCUGAUGGCCUGCAAAUCUAGAGAAAAUGCAUUGCCCUUGAUCAUGAUAGAUGAGAAUGAAAACUAAAUGAAUGAUGGGUCGAUCGAGA